AUGUUUGGACCUAAAGCCUGUAUUGGCUCUGAUAACGCAUUAGAGAUGCCUCAGCACAGAUCCAAGUGGUACUUCAGCAAGGAGGAGCUUGAAACUAGCUCUCCAUCAAGGAAGGAUGGCAUUUCUAUGAAGAAAGAAAAUUAUCUUCGAAUCCAGUACUGUUCAUUCCUGCAAGACCUUGGCAUGAAACUUGGACUGUAAGUCGUCAUCUACCACGUUUUGUUCCGUCAUUCAAAGUAAACGAGAUAUAUUUUUUUCAUGAUACUCCUUUAAGAAAUCCGCUGUUGAUUUCCUUGAGACUGGAUUACAAAGCUUGAAGUGUAUGGUUUAUGCUUUGUUUGAUUCUGCAUCUUUUUGGUAAACAUAAAUAGAUACUCUUGCAUGACCUUGUGUCUGCCAUUAGGUGAUCUCUUGUAUAGAAUUUUUGGUGCUUAUCUUUUUCCAUCAGAGCUUGUUCGCAAAAAUUCGAUGUAGCAAUACUCAUUUCAAAGACAAAUGCGUGUUUUGUAUACAAAUAUAUCUUGCUGGGUUUUCAGUUUGGUAUCCCAUACUGAGGUUUUCUAUUCUAACUUAUUCUAACUUUUUUUUGUUUUCUGGGUUGCAAUGUUCAUUUCGCAACCACCUACAUUUUAUGUUUGUCAUCUGGUCUAUAUAUCUACUUUUUUUAUUAUUCUCCUUAAAUUUUUGUUCGUUGUGGCAGCGAUAUAUGAUCACUUCAUUGUUUCCCAUUCAUAUUUUUUUGCCGUAGUGAUUGUGCAAUUUUGUUUUGGGUUCGCUUUUUCUCACGUUAUGUUCAGAAUAUAUUCAAAAUCGUAUAAUUACGUAAUGGUUCAAUGAGAUUCAGCUUCACAAGUUGGUUUCUGCUUGCCAACUGGUCUCAUGUAUCUGAGAUAGAUCCUCUACUAUUCAAUGUUUCUUUCUUUCGUGCUGGGCAGCAUCACAUAGGCUGCUGGUCUGAUAUUCUCUGAUUUUUGAUUGCAUCUAUUUUACCAACUUUGACGGGUUGAGGCUGGUAAAAGUGUGAUUCGUAUUUUUAUUUGAUCAAAAUUAUUCUUUAUUCUGAAAUAACAUGUCCGAAUUAUUCCAUUUUAUUAAAAUAAUUACUGUCAAAAGUUUUUCUAACCUUUAUUAUUCUAUUUGAGAAAUGAAAGUUUGACCUCUGGUGGUAUGUUGUGUAGGCCUCAGGUGGCAAUAGCAACAGCGAUCAUGUUCUGCCAUCGGUUUUAUCUUUAUCAGUCUCAUGCAAAAAAUGAAUGGCAGGUAAACCACCGUAAUAUGUAUAUUCUUUCGCAUUCAAACCUGAAGCCUGUGAUAUCUUGCCUGAAAAUUUCAAUAUUUAAAGAACUAAAUGCCACUAACUUGCAUGUCCAAGGAUUGUAAUUAGUUCAAUGAUCAACCUCAUUUGUUAGCAUAUGUAGCUGCAUUUCUAUUAUUAUGAUUUGACAAAAAUUAAGAUUAGGGAUGCAGGAACUCUUUAAUUGCUGUCAUUCGUAGCCUUUGUAUCAUUUGCUAUUCAAUAUUGGAUUGACAAGUCCACUGCUUGCUGAAUCUGCCACUGUUCUGAGCACUGGUGUUAUUUACUUUUUUCACUUGUAGGUGAAUUUGGAAGAUAUAGCAUUUUGUUAAACUUAAUGGAUAAUACCAUCUUUUCAAAGAUAAGGUUUGUGAAUUGUAGAAAUCUAACGUCAUAAAAAACUAUUGUCGAUUCAGCUUAGUCCUUUUGACGCAUUUAUGAGUAGGAAAAGGACAAGAUGGAUGAUUUUUAUUGCUGUAAAUGGAUUGAGGAAGAAUGGGCUUUUUUUAAAGUGUUGGUCAAUGAUUGAGCUACAUGAUUAACUCAGAUGUUUACCGUGAAAUCGGGGUUUUUUUUCUUUGAUGAUCGCUUUACAAACCAAUAACCGCUCAAGCCCGUUUAUUAACUUUCCAAAUUAUGUGCUGUUACUGCUGAGAGGCUGAAUUCAUCCAUUCUGAUGGAAGAAUACAUAGAGCCUAUUUUUUUAAUGAUGUCACCAUGUAUACCUCCCCAUUGCGACAUGGGGGAGUAAAAAUAGAAGAGAGGGACGGACUUUUUCCGUUAGUAUUGGGAAGUGAAAGAGGGUCACUAUGGAUUUCAUUAAAGUUAUGGAAGAAAAACUACUAUACGUGAGAUAUUUUGAUGCUUCUCAUUCGAUUCUUAAUUCCCAAAUAAAACCAGGUAGUGAAAAAUAUUUAAUGCCUUCACCCUCAUAGCCUUCUUAAGAUCAAAUGUGGACAAAUAUGCUCAGAUACGUUUUGGAACAAUUAAAUUGAUAGAACUAAUCAGUUUUUAUCAAUCUAGUUUUAAUUUAUGAAUAAGAUUAUGAUAUCACAAUAGCUGUGGACUUUAGGUGACAUAGCUGACAUGCUAUUUAGCUAAGUUAUCGAGCGCUUGUCUUUGGUUUUGAAGGAGCACUAGAGUUUGAAAUAGUUAUUAAAUGUCCUUAUCAUGUUGAUGAAAGAAGCACCAUAGAUAUGGAUGACCGGAAAUGUUUUCUUAUUUAAGAUAUGCAGGAAGAACCAAUCCCUGUUAUUGAAUUGGAUUGUGGAAAUUCCUGAGGAAUUGAGUUCUAUAUACUUGUAGCUUUUUUGUAAUAUAUUUCCGUUUACUUUUCUAGAUCAAAUCCACUUAUCUCAUCCUCGAGGACCUGCUGUGCUGUGUCUAGGGGUUUGGGCGCAUUACUCUUACGGGUGAAUGGGUGAAUGAGGGUGGUACGGGGGAGAGGAGUCAUAGCUGUUUGAUGCCAACACUUAAACAGCCCACAUAUGAAAUACUUUUUUCUUGGAGAAAAUACCGAGGACUUUCUAUGCGACGCUUCAAAUUUAAUUUUACUUUGGACUUUGUCGAGGCACAGUAUUCUAUCAUCAGUAUCAAGUUACCUGAACAACACUCUGCUGGCAACGUGCAAAGAAAGCUUUUCUGUUCACUCUUUUGUUGGGCUCUACUUGUUCUUCCUGCCUCUGGAAUUGAUAGACGCCUUUUGCUGCAGACUGUUGCAACCGCUUGUAUAGUUCUUGCUUCAAAGGUCGAAGAAACACCGUGCUCAUUGUCUAGAGUUAUUCCUUCAUCGUAUGAAAUAAUUUACAAGAAGGAUCCUGUGGCAGUGAAGAGAAUUCAAUCUAAGGUAUCAAAGGCCCACAUAGUUUAACACCACAUUCAUUAAAUAUUCAACAGUAGUUUUAGAUCACAUGAUCCUCAAUUCAUCCUUGCCAUUUUUUCUGUCAACAGGAGAUUUUUGAGAAACAGAAAGAACUAAUCUUGAAAGGCGAAAGGCUGGUAAUGGCCACAUUGGGGUUUGACUUUGAAAUUCAACAUCCCUACAAGCCUCUUGUUGCGGCUAUAAAGAAACUGGGAAUCACGCAAAAUGAUAUGGUCAAAGUAGCGUGGAACUUUGUAAACGAUUGGUAUGCCACAUUGGCUGUUCAUUAAGCAUUGCCAGUUAUCUUCUUCUUUGCAAGGCAGGUCAUUUUACACAUUCUUCUUCUCCAAGAGCAUAAAACAUCUGCAAAUUGGAUAUGUAGGCUCAAGACCACAUUGUGUCUGCAAUACAAACCUCACUACAUUGCAGCUGGUUCGAUCUAUCUUGCCGCCAAAGUGACCAAGGUGAAGCUACCUUCAGAAAAGGGGCUCGUCUGGUGGCAUGAAUUCGAUGUCUCCCCACGACAGUUUGAAGGUUAAUCUUCGUUUAUUGUUAUCUUCUUCUGCGCUGCCUUCUCGAUCGUCGUUCCUCACAGGCCUUUGCCCCUUGCCUUUCGCAGGAGUAGUCCAACAGAUGAUGGUGUUAUUUGGUUAUAAAGGAAGAAGCGUCGCACCCUCCUCUACAAAGAAGGAGAGCUUAACUCCCUUGGAAGUCGAAAGCGAAGAACAGUGCAGCCCUGAAUCGUGUGUUCUAAGUAGACCUGGGUCCUCAGGCAGCACCAGUCACGACCUUGAUGAGGCCACGAGGCACGCCAAUCCCAAUCCCUCCGGCAACUUGAUGGCGGUGCAAGAAAUCAUCUCAUCUGUGAGUGAAAGCCCGGGUGGUGUUCUGGAUCAAGAAAAUAGGUCUAGUGAUGGAAAUGAUCAGCCAUGCAAGGGAAGAGUUGGUGUGAUCAGUGAGAUAGAUAAGGAAAGAAUCAAAGCUGCUCUAAAGAGGAGAAGACAGGAGAGACAGACCACCAAAGGUGUGUCGGGUGAUUCUACCGAGGAUUCAUGGAUCGAGAGGGAGCUGGAAAGUGGAAUAGAGCUUGUGCAGAAACCUGCCAGCAAGAAGCCAUCUUUGUGA